AUGUCGCUCGCAUCUGGUGUCUCCAUCGACGAUGAAUGCCUCGCCGCAUUCAACUCCUUCCGCAUGAGCGGCGAUAACAAGGGCGACAAGACCAAGUUCAUCAUCUUCAAGAUCUCCGACGACAAGAAGCGCGUUGUCCUCGACGAGGCUUCCAACGAGAAGGACUACGAGGCUUUCCGCUCCAAGCUCGAGGCCGCUCGCGAUGCCAAGGGCAACCCCGCUCCCCGCUACGCCGUCUACGAUGUCGAGUGGGAUUCCGGCGAGGGUCAGCGGAGCAAGAUCGUCUUCAUCUCCUGGGUGCCUAGCGACACUCCCACUCUCUGGUCCAUGAUCUACGCCAGCACCCGCGAGAACCUGAAGAACGCCCUCAACAUCCACAACUCCAUCCACGCCGACGACAAGGGUGACAUCGAAUGGAACACUCUGCUGAAGGAGGCCAGCGGUGGCAAGGCCGGUAAAUAG